GUGAGAGAGAGAGAGAGAGAGACCACGCGAGAGAGAGAAGAAAAGUUUAGUCUUUUGUCUUCUUCUUCAUCAUCAUCUCCAUUAUCUUCGCUCUUAGUGAAUCUAGGAUUUUGUUUUCUCUCACAACCCUAGAUUGAUUGAUUUCUUCGAUCGUGUUGAUCACCCUUUAAUUACCUCUCUCUUCAUCCCCCUUAGCUCAUCAUCAUCCGACAAUUUGAAUGGAGGGAGUUGAAGAUACGACGUCGUCUGAGGGGCAUAUGAUAUCGGCAGCAGCUUUUGUGCAAGGGGGAAUCCAAGAUGCUUGUGAUGAUGCUUGUAGCAUUUGCCUUGAAUCGUUCUGCGAAUCCGAGCCAUCAACUUUGACUAGUUGCAAGCAUGAGUAUCAUCUCCAAUGCAUUCUUGAGUGGUGUCAAAGGAGUUCACAGUGCCCCAUGUGUUGGCAAUCAAUUAGUCUCAAAGACCCCACUAGUCAGGAGUUGCUUGAGGCUGUUGUACAGGAGAGGAACUUCCGCAUCAAUCCACCUAGAAAUGCCACCAUUUUUCGUCAUCCAACUCUCGGUGAUUUUGAGUUACAACAUCUCCCAGUGGGGGUGGAUAACGCAGAGAUUGAAGAAAGAAUCAUUCAGCAUUUGGCUGCUGCUAUGGGACGAGUAAGACAUGGUGCAAUAAGAGAAGGCCACAGAAGCAGGUCAUCAACUCAAGGUGGUCAUCCACAGUAUAUGGUGUACUCUCAGCAUCCUCCUCCUCCUCCUCCACCACCAAUGCCUUCCUCUCCAUCUCAGAGAGAUGAGAGUGACAUAGCCGCUAACCUUCCUCACAAUGCUACUUUUGGGGAAGGUUCUCUUCAGCCAAAUAUGCAGCCACCAGCUUCUUCUCAUCCCCGCCAGGUUUCUCCUUCAAACGACAGGUAUCUUAAUCAAUCUUCCCCAAGUGAUCAAGAUAGAGCUGGACCAUCCGAACUCCAAUCAUUUUCAGAGUCUUUAAAGUCUAGACUAAGCGCUGUCUCAACUAGAUACAAAGAGUCUAUAUCAAAGAACACAAGGAACUGGAAAGACAGAUUCUUCUCACGCAACACGUCCAUGGCAGAACUUGGCUCUGAGGUUAAAAGAGAAGUCAGUGCUGGAAUCGCCACUGUGUCCCGCAUGAUGGAACGUCUAGAAACGAGAGAAAACACUAGUAGUAGUAGUAGUAGUAGUAGACCUGGAACUGCAUCUGUAUCAUCAAAUGGCUCAGAAAAUCAAAACACUCCUGCUGAAGCAAACAAUGAGCAUAAUAGAAGAUCUGAAGUGGGUGAUGAACAUUCUUUGAAUGAAAGAGGCGUUAAAGGAACAUGUGCGACUGGUUCUGGUUCUAGCUAAUAAAACAAGUGACAGCAUCUUGUUGGCAAAGAGGCAUGAAGAUGUUUCUCAUUGUGGAAGUCUGCUAUAUAUUACCGAGUCAGAAGAUAAAAGUGUGGGAGCAUAGGAAGAGUUUCUGAUUCUUAAAAGAAAAACAAUAAUAAGAAAGGUUAUAUGACCAAAAGGAGGCUUUGCUUCAGAAAUGAAACGCCUUCUGAUGUGUUGUGUUAUGUCAAAACAAAACUAAAAAGAAAAAGAGUAAAAGACUGUUGUUGUCUGUUGUAAAUUGCCAUUUGUCGUUCACAUUAUCGAUCAGUUCUGCUUAAUUACUAUUGUAUUUAUGUAUGAUUGUUACUUA